AUGGACGUUCCCUUCUGGUGGUUGUUGGUGGCAGUCUUCGACCAUGUUGCUGCCACCAACAUCAGCUACGCACAAUACUUUGGAAGCGGCUGUGUUUCUGGUGAGCGGGAAUUCACAUGUUCCGUGUCCGGUGAGACGUUGUGUUGCCAACAUGAGUCGCAAACGCAUGGUUGGUAUUGCCAGGGCAGUUUCGUAAACCGAAAAGAUUUCCCUGGUGGUCAAGACUGCUCCGGACAAGCGAGCCAAGAAAUUGUUGGAUUUUUGAGCGAUACCACCAGUAUUGGCAACAUCAAUGCGGGCGAGUGCAUCGAUUAUGGAAAUACUAUGUCGUUCAAGUUCUCGCUCGUUCCAUCUGCUGCGGUGCCGUGCAGUGCGGCGUUGACAAACGGGUCGGAACUGUUCGGGCCAAACUGGGCAACUUUGAUUUUGCCUGCGCUCAUCAUUUCUUUCACUUAG